AGUCCCGGACACUUUCAACCCCCUUCCAGUCCGGACACUUUCCCCCCCUUCCAGUCCGGACACUUUCCCCCCCUUCCCAUCCGGACACUUUCCCCCCCUUCCAGUCCGGACACUUUCCCCCCUUCCAGUCCGGACACUUUCCCCCCUUCCAGUCCGGACACUUUCACCCCCUUCCAUUCCGGACACUUUCCCCCCCCCUUCCAGUCCGGACACUUUCUCCCCCUUCCAGUCCGGACACUUUCCCCCCCUUCCAGUCCGGACACUUUUCCCCCCCUUCCAGUCCGGACACUUUCCCCCCUUCCAGUCCGGACACUUUCACCCCCCUACUUCCAGUCCAGACACUUUCCCCCCCUUUCAGUCCAGGACACUUUCAGUCCGGACCAC